GUGGCAUGCAACCUGGGUAUGCGGACAAUUAUACAGACGAAUCCUUUCUUGAAGAUAUGGUUAUGAAUGCCAAUGUUGUAAAGAGAGACUUGCUUAAAGUGAUGCUGGACGCAGUUUCCAUCUCUCAGUAUCUUUGUGUUGUAUGGUUAUGAAUGCCAAUGUUGUAAAGAGAGACUUGCUUAAAGUGAUGCUGGACUCAGUUUCCAUUUCUCAGUAUCUUUGUGUUGUAGUUCUCGUGGUCUGUGUCUGGACAUACACAUUGUCGGCCAGAAUAGAUGGAAGGGCACUCCACCUUUUUUAUGCUGUUCUCCUUGGGAUGGGCUUCCUGGCCACCUGGAGCCUUGAAGAAUCCAACACUAACCAGCAAUAUCUCCCUGAAUGCGUCCAUUGUGGCGUCCGUUCUUAUUGCUUCCUGCCUUCCUUCAAGGUGGGCGAAAAGCUUUUAGGCGAGAGUUCGCUGGUAGUAUGGCGCCCAAAAGGAAAACAAACAGUUUCAUACUGUCUGCCCAGGGAUUCAUCUACCAUUUACCAGAUGGAUGGUUCAUUUCAUUCACCAGAGUGGCAUGCUGCUCGCCUGGCAAGCCUUAAUACUUCUCAUACAAUAACUUGGGAGGAAUUCAAGAAAAAACAACGGGCUACAAGGAAUCCAUUACGUUCAAGUGCCAACCGCUCGAGGUCACACGAUUUUGUGGACCCCGUCCUAAUGAUAAUGUGGAAUCUUCUAGAGGGUUUAACCCGUUCACGUGUGCGCUUGGAGCGCCGCCCACCUCCCUCGACCUCCUUAACUGACUUCCGACGACUCCUCAGGCGAGAAUCUGAUUUUUCCGGCUGCCCUCCCCCCUUCAUCCUCUGGCGACUUACUGUGAGCAUCGAAUCGGUGACAGCAUAAUUGAUUUUGUGAACUUGUGAAUCGGUGACAACAACGUCCAAGGUUCGAGAACUGGUAGAGCUAGAGAGAACUAAGAAGAGUUUAGGGUCAAGUUGAUUCAUUGAGCUGUGGGUAACUUUUUGUUUGUUUUUUGGCUGGUGGCCCGCUAUCCUUCUCUCUCUUUUUUAUAAGCCAAUCGAUGGGUCUCUUGUGCCACAUUAUGAUGGUUUCGAGUAACCCAUCUUGAACUUUGGGUGCAAGGGCUGAGAUCCAUUGGCAGGUAUUUGUUGAGUCACUCUGCCUUGUUUGUCAAAGGUAUAGUGAAUAACGUACUGCAACAUUCAACAGAAUAAUCAUAACAUUCUUUUUUCCAUCAAAAGUCUUUGAAAACCCUCUCUCUCUCUCUCUCUUUUCCUUUGCUUAAUUUUAUGUUGGCCUUAUACUCUCUUUUGCUUAACAGUUAUUUCAAGGUUCGAUGAUGGCAUGUAAUCUUUGAGACCUGAUUAUCAUUGAUUAAAAUUAUAAGCAGUCUCACUGAGGACCAAGUAAACCACAUAAUCUUCACGACUUCACUUUUAUGGAACUGUUUUCAUUUUUUUUAAAGUUGUUAACAUCUCUUCCAUGCCUUCUCUUUCUAUCACUGCAUCUACAUGCCUGCACGUUUGUCAAUGUGUCCUCUUUCUGUGUGUGUUUUUUUUAAUUGUGAAUGCAUCUAGUUUGUUGUGGUGUUGGAUGAUGAAAUGCACUGGGCUCUCAGCAUUUUUUUGUUGAUGGAAAUGCAUUUGCCUUGAAAGCAUUGUCUGACUUAUAGGAGCUAACCCUGCUCCAUCUCCCUGUCUCUGUCUAACCGGUAAUUGGCAGUGGCUAGUAGAGUGUUGUAGCCAUUGGCGUACCUAUCCACCGGUUGGUCCCUUGAUCUCUCUCUCUCUAAAAGCUAUUCAGUGACCUGUUCCACCAUUUUCUGGUGGUUUGGCUUUUCAGGUUACCAAUCUCAGUUCCAGAUGUUGUGGAGUCACUCUGCUUUGUUUGUCAUGGGUAUAGUGAAUAAUUUACUGCAUACAAUGCAAAAGAAAAUUCUUCCUAAUGUGUGUUUUUUUGGGUGGUUGGAGGGUGUUGAUGGUCUGCUGAUGGCAAGUAAUCUUUGUGGCCUGAUUUUCAUUUUAUGAACAUCCCAAGCAUUUUUCUGAGGACAAAUUAGAACUGGCACUUAUCUCCUAAAAGAUAUAUGGUUGGAAGAUUUUUAAGAUAUUUUAUUGUCGGUCAGGUGAAUCUUGUGUACAUUGGCUUCAUUCUUUUCAAUUCCUCAUUUGCUUAUUAUGUUGUCGAUAGCUAUUGAGUUUGGGGUUGAGUUGAUGCACUGGCCUUUGGGCUAUUUUUUGUUGGUUUUUUGGUUGGUGGCCUCUGUGUCCCUCUUUCUCUCGCUUUCUUCUUCUCUCUUUCUCUCUUUCUCUCUCUCUCUCUCUCUCUCUCUCUUUUAUAAGCCCUUUAAUGGGUCUUUUGUGCCACAUUUUGAUGGUUUUAGAGUAACCCAUCCUAUGCUUUGGGUGAAAGGGCUGAUAUCCAAUGGCAGGUAUUUGUUGAGUCACUCUGCCUUCUUUGCCAAAGGUAUAGUGAAUAACGUACUGCGACAUUCAACUGAAAAUAUUUUUCUAUCAUGAACUACCUCUCUUAACUUUUUCUUAAUUUUAUUUGUGUUUUAUACUUUUAUUCCUUCUUUUCGUUUCACAAUUAUUUUAAGGUUCGAUGAUGGCAUGUUCUUUGAGACCUGAUUUAUCAUUGAUGAAAAUUAUAAGCAGUCUCUCACUGAGGACCUACUAGAUCAAGUAAUCUUCGCUUUUAGAUAUGUGGUUUUUGUCCUUUUUUUUUUUUUUCUAAAGUUCCUUAUACACCCUUUGUCAAUUUCUUCUCUCUAUCACUCUAUCUUUAUGCCUGUGUGGCCUCUGUGUUUAUGUUGUUUGUGAAUCUUGAGAACAUGACUCCUGGGGUUGGAUGAUGAAAUGCACUGGGCUCAGAGCAGUUUUUGUUGAUGGAAAUGCAUUUGCCUAGAAAGCAUUGUCUGACUUAUAUGAGCUAUAUCGUUUCUCUUUGUUAGGCGAGGUUGCUGACCUUCUUUCUAUGUGCGGAUAUGUUCUAUGAAGUCAUGUAUAUCUGCAUACUUUUGUUGUUGCUAUCCUUUUUUUCCUUACCCAAAGUGUCGUUGUGCCUCUCCCAUUCUUAACGUUAAAUAAGCCAUAGAUCAACAAUGUCAGCAACUCUUGUCAUUUGGGAAAUUGAUUUUCUAAGUCAAUGCUUUUUUUGAGAGAAGUUCCCAGAAAAGAUAUUGUAAGAUAGCUUCUUUAUUUGAGUGGUGCGACAUCCUAUGUCAAGGUUUUUUGUCUUAGCAUAUAUAUAUAUAUAUAUAUAUAUAUAUAUAUAUUGGCACAUAUUGUGUCCCUUUGGGAUGGUUGAAUGAUGAAAUGCACUGGGCUCUGAGAACUGUUUUGAUGGAAGUGCAUAUGCCUGGAAAGCAUUGUCUGACUUCUACCAUGCAUUCUUCUUGUUUUGCUUAAUUUAUAAGAAUGGAGUCCAUGUUUUGCUGACUCGUAAAUCCAUCUUUUGAAGUUUUUUCUUAAGUUCAGAGCGUUGUUUUUA